ACGGCAGCGGAGCCACUUAAACCCCUGCCUUCUAUAUAUUGCUCCGCGUCAAGCCGCAGUUGGGGUAUGCUAUUUCUAGUGACAGACAGUGAAGCAGCUGCGGGAAUUUCUCACGGCAACAAGCACCUGUGUGCGUGCGUGUGUGAUGGCUGGGGAGGAAGCCAAGAAGGCGGUGCCGGCCGCUGCGCCGGAGGCGGUCGCAGAGAAGGACGUGCCGGUGGUCAUCCCGCCUCCCCCGGGGGCCAAGCCACCGGCCGACGACUCCAAGGCCCUCGUCGUCGUCGACAGCAUUGCCGAAAAACCUCAGGCUGAGAAGAAGAACACGCACAGGGGCUCACAUGAAAGAGACGUCGCUCUUGCAAAGGUCGAAACGGAGAAGAUGAGCUCUUUGAUCAAAGCAUGGGUAGAGAACGAGAAGGCAAAAGCUGACAACAAGGCUGCUAAGAAGCUAUCGUCCAUUCUUUCAUGGGAGAACACAAAGAAGGCAACCAUAGAUGCUCAGCUGAAAAGGAAGGAAGAAGAGUUGGAAAAGAAAAAGGCUGAAUACGCUGAGAAGAUGAAGAACAAAAAGGCAAUUGCCCACAGGGAAGCUGAAGAAAAGAGAGCAAUGGUGGUGGCCCGGCGUGGUGAACAAGUUCUCAAGGCUGAGGAAAUGGCAGCAAAGUACCGUGCAACCGGGCUGGCUCCCAAGAAACUUCUCGGAUGUUUCGGGGCAUAAGAAGUAGCUCAACCUUGGAAGUGAUUUGUUCUGUGUAGUUGUUUUUCUUCUUUAUGUUCAGAAAACGUGUCUUGUUUUUCAUGGUUAAGUUUGCUACUCUUCAUGUUAUCUUUUUUUUGCUGGGAGCUACUCUUCAUGUUUGCAUACAUGUAAUUGCAAAGACAGAUUUUUGGUGGUACAUAUAUAGCAUCCAUUGUUCGCGU